GCAGAGCCGGCAAUGCCUCGCACUCUUUCGGCCACUGGCCCGGAACAAGGCGGAGCCUCCCUUCUUGGCCCGCGCCCGGCCGAGGGCGAGGCAGGUCUGUUGCCAGGGGCGCCGCCUCGCUCGGCAAACACAUUUGUCGGACGGCGCCGGGAGGGGAAAGAGGGAGGCGCGGCGAGCAAGAGACGGACCCCAAAUAGCUACAGAAGAACGUGGGGACGGGCGCCCUUGGUCAGAGGAGGAGGAGGUGGCGGCGGGUCCCGGAGAGCGUCCGGGCGUUGGAAGUUCGAGUCCUCUCGGGUCGCCUCUUGUCCGGGCGGGGCAAAAGAACCCUCGGCAGCAGCCGCAAUGGAUGAUUUUGCGGAGGAAGAGUCCUGUGACUUCGAUCUCCUGCCUGCGCUCUCAGAGGACGAGGAGAAUGUGUCACUCGCUGAUGUUCUAUCGCUGCAAGACAGCUGUCUUACUGAGCAAGCUAUCUGGGCUAUUUGCCUGGAGUGUACUCUGUCUUUGAAGAAUAUUGUCCAGUCUGCAAUCUUCCAGACACUUUGCAUUACCCCUGAUACUUUGGCUUUUAACACCAAUGGCAAUGUAUGCUUCAUGGAACAGAUUAGUGAUGAUCCAGAAGGUGCUUUUGUUCCACCAGAGAUUGAUGAAACUGGUAACACAUUUGAGGCCCAUCUGUAUUCCUUAGGAGCUACUUUAACAGCAGCACUAGAAUAUACAAUGGAAACUGAAGCAGAUCUGGAAUUUAGCCAAGAUCUGUAUGCUCUGCUUGGACAAAUGCAGAAAGAAAAUCCUAAAGAAAGGCCAGAUGUUGAGGUUGUCAUAUCAUUAUGCAAAGAGAAACUCAAGUUUUCCUCCCCAAGUGAUAUUUGCCAGGCCCUUUCGGCUGCUGGAAGAAAAAUGCUUUCAAUUGAAUCAUGUGGCACCUUUCAAGACAGUUCUGAUAACAUGUGGGAAGAAACAUUGUAUGAGAACCCUUCACCAUAUGAAGAGCGCCUAGAUGAUACUAGAACUGAGGCCGAGACUAGAACACCAUCACCAGAGGACUUGAUGUUUGCUAGAAAUGAAAAUUCUUCUGGCACGUAUGCUCCAAAUGACAGAAACAGUGAUAUAAAAAGCAUGAAAAUCAACAAGAAGGAGGAAAGAGUUUGCUGUCAAAGUAUUUCAACCUGGGUUACAAAAAGUCAAGAGAGGAGCGGUUCUAUGAAAUACAACAGGGAAUUAGAUGCUAAGCCAUAUGCAACUGGAGUGGAGACAGAUACAUUUGAGAGAUACUGUUUAAGGAAAGUUAGAACUUUUCCAACUGUAUCAUUUAACUCUGAGACACCCUCAAGAGCAUGUUUAUCUUUUAUAGGACAUAACACUUCACUGACAAGGACGCAGUGUCAGUUACAACCCGGAUGUAAUGAGAGUGCUAUGUUAGAAGGAAAAUUAAUUCAGUGUGAUCAUCCCGAAUCAAAAUCAGCAUCUCUUCCACAUAAUAAUUUUGGAGAACUUUAUCUGAGCCCAGAUACAUCUUCAGUGUAUCCAAACCACAUGACAUCCAGUAAUGACAAAGAAGCAGUGGAUAUUUUGCCAUAUUGUUAUGCUGUUUCUGAAACUUCAGGUCAAAAUAAUCCAUCAGAUGCAACAGAUGAAACAAAUCCUGGAUGCAAUGCAUUAGAAAACUAUUGUGUAAGAGAAUUCUGUAAUGAAGUUCCUCUAAAAUCAGGUCAAAACUGUUUAUUUUAUAUUAACAAGAUGUCUCCCACAUUCAUGGCCUUUAAGGAAGAAUGUAACCUAAGCAUGCUAAGAUCACCUGACGAAAAACACACUGAGAGAAAAGACUGUUGGACUGAAGAUAGACAAUAUGAAGGCGGGGACUCAGAAAUAGGAAACAAUGAGUGGGUUUUUCUGAAACAUCUGUUAAUACAGUACGGUAAACCAUUGAAAGAUUAUGAACUCUGGGCUUUAUGCCAUGAAUGUUUACUCACUCUGGAGAAAUAUACAGAUUAUCCAGCAUAUUUGUGUUUGGAUUCUGUAGCAAUAAAUCAUGAUGGAAGUAUUACUUUUGUUCCAUAUGGAAAUGAAGAAUCAUUGGAUAGGUUUUACUUGGCUCCUGAGGCAGCAGAAGAGGGUUUUAUUACUGAAAAGGCCUGUAUUUACUGUAUGGCUGCAAUUUUGUGGAGAGCGGCAAGAAGCAAUUUCCCACCUGAUCACAAAUUGGUGUUGCCAGGGCAACUGAAACAUUUUCUUCUGAAUAUGGCAAGAAGCAAGCCAGAAGACCGCCCUUCUCUAGCAAAUGCAAUUAAGAUUUGUCGUAGUUAUCUGCUUGAACAAAAUAUCAGCAGCAAGAUGAUUCUUGAAGUUUUAGCAAAAAUGGCAUUUCAGGACUUCAGAGGAGAGGAUUCUUUUAAUGUUAGCUGGCCUUUUCAAAAUGAAAGUUGCUCAGGAAAUGCUAACUUAGGAUUUUUGCCUAUGAGCAAUGAAAGCAAACUGAUAGCCGUAGAAGGACCAGUUCCUUGCCAGUCACCUUUAAACAGAGAAAAGAUCAUGUUACCAAAUGCCUUCACUUCUUCAGCAACUCAUUUUAAACCUAUUAUUCUGCAUCAGAAUGUAAAUCAUAAAAUACCUUCCUUUAACUUUACACUGCUGUCCUGGAGCUCUGAUUGGGGCUGGCUACCAACCAUGAGCCUAUACAGAGAUGCCAUUACAACCCCUGUUAUAGACUGUGAAACUAUGACAAGAAUAGCAUCUGUGAGUAGCAGAAGUCCAAUACAUUCAAGUAAUGACAAUGAAAAUAAGAGUGAUGAAAUUUCUAAUUUGUCUACUACGUGUAUGAUGCCUGGUGCUCUGGAGCAUAAUAAAGAAGAACCAAAAAUACUACAACAGGAUUCCGAAGAGGAAUUUCCAAGCAAUACUAAUUGCUCUAACCCUAACUUACCAGUUUCUGACUCUUCAGAUGUGCCUCAAGAGAAAUGCAUUUUGGAAGCAUCUCCCUUGGCUAACCCCGAGUCUACUGUCCCAUCUAGUAUGACUUUUAUAAAUAAUUUUCUUUUAAAGCAGGAUCCAGAGACGAGGGUUUUGACUCUUGUACCCGUGCAGAUAGCAGUAUCAGAGCAAAUACCCAAUAAACCCCUCCAUUCAAAAGCAACUUACAGCUGUUGUCCAAGUUUACAUGUGCUCCUUUCGGAACCUGCAAUGACCUAUGAUGCUAACAGAGCCUUACAAACAAGUUUAUCCUUAAGUAAUGCAAUCAAGGAUCAAUUCUAUCAUGAUCAAAAUAAAUGUGGGGACAUAAAGGUGAAGAUGGGUGGUUUAACGCCAACAACAAUUAAUAAAGAGACUCAAACCAAGUGCUAUGAAAGUAAUCCGUGCCUUGCAUCCUGGAAGAAAUCCAGUACAGAUGCAGAAGAUAGAUUCCUUUUAUCAGAUCACGCACUGGAUGCCUUGGUGGAUCAAAAUUCUGCUGGUUCAUUCAUCCUAGAAACGUCUCAGCAGAAUAAAGGAACACAGAAUGUUCCCUUGCAGAAUAUUGUGCAACUUAUCCAAGAAGAGUUUGCAUUUGAUAAAUCUCAGGACAAAGUUGCAGAAGCCCUGGCUAUAGGUAAAUAUAUUUUCACCUUAAAGGAUCUCCAAUACAAUACAUUCUGUAAUGCAGUUUCUGAGAAAUUUUGUCAACUUUACUGGGACGAAAAAUUGCUAGCAAAUCUUUAUGGUGCAGCAAAUGAUAGAACUGUGGUACCUGAAAGAAUUAAUGAACCACAAUAUUUAAGCAAGACUUUCCAAAGCACACCAAAUACUUUUCUGAGUGGAAGUGAGGAAGCAAAAGUUCAUGUUGCUGGCAUGGAUUCCGAUGAGAAGGAAGUUGAAACACAAACUCUCCUGGUUGGAAUGCAGAUGGAGGGAGAAAGUUUACAGACCGAAAAGGGUUGCAGUCGGCCACAUGUUACAGAAACAGAACAAAAGCAAGAAGAAAUUCAAGAAAGAAUGGAAGAAAAUAUAUAUUCCAGCUCUUCCUCUCUUUCUGAAUUGCCUGGAUUUUAUCCCGGUUGGAGCAGUGCAUUCUAUGGCUCAGAAUGGUUCAGUCUAGAUGUACACAAUUAUUUUAGAAAACUUGGAAAACAAAAAGCUCGUGGAACUCAAAAUAUCGAUGCUAAAAAAAUGGAACUUGACCAGCUGAUAAUGAUCGAGACAAAAAAUUACAGGAAGACCAUAACCUUCCACCAGAGGCUGUUGUAUAAAGAGAGAAGCAGCAAAGGUGGAGAAAUAAAAGCUUUGUUGCCAAAGCUGGAGAGACAGAUAGAAGAAAUGAAAUCAAAGAUACAGUUUCUUGAACUCGUGAAGAAGUAUCUCCAGAUUCUGUAUGCAGAAAAAUGGGGUGUUGAGCCAUGCAACUUUCUUACAGUGGUUAAUAUGGGAAGAAAUGAACCAUCGGACAUCAGUGCCUUAGAUGGCAUGUUACUUUUUUAUCAUCUAAGCAAAACCCCAAGUGAAAUUCAGUAUAAUGACAGUCAGAAUUGCCCAAGAAGUCUUCAAGCCGGAACGCCACUUGCAUUAAUGGCAUAUCUGUAUUCCAGAAAUGCAUUUUUAAAAGGCUAUGUUCAACAGUUUCUAUUCACUUUUCGCUACUUCUGCUCACAAGAGGAACUUUUACAAUUUAUUCUUGAUAGGAUCAGAAUUACCUUGCCAGGCUCCAGCCCAGAAUCUUGUUCAUUGUUCAGCAAAAUAUACCACCGUAGUUUCUCCAUUCUUCAAGCUUGGAUCGAAGACUGUUACACCGUAGACUUUAGCAUAAACCCUAAUUUCAUGCAAAUAUUAAAAGACUUUAUCAUUUCUCAGGUAGUUCCACUCAAUGGUUGUGGCAGACAAUUGCUGUCAUUACUUAAUAACGUUGCUAGUAAAAAAGAGAGAAACGUUUCUCAGUUCUGCAAGAUGGAAGUCUGGGAACAAGAGAUGGAGAGGCGUGAAACACGAUCGUUACGUUUUUCAUGCAAAAGAGAUACAGGAAAUGUUUUACAAAAGCAUCUUAGCCGGAGACUCUCAAAAGGCACUGAAUCCCAGUUGUGUUAUAGACCCGCAACAGAAGAAUUAUCUGGCUUCUGCCUCAACAUAGCUGAGGCUCCAUAUUUCUUAACUGAAUAUACUGCACAACAACUUUAUUGUCAGCUGACAUUAUUAGAACAGGAAAUAUUCCAUAAAUGUCAUCCAGUGCAUUUUCUAAAUUCAAGACUGCUCGGGGUCAACGAUAAAACUAUGCUUCUCCCAAAGGCUUCUUCCUCUGAAUUGCUCUCUUCUCCAGCCUAUAACCUUUUUGUGAAAAACUGUGUCCAAGAUGAUUACCUCCUGCAGCUUUUAAAAUAUGCAGAUAACAUCAGUACCUGGGUUGCUGCUGAAAUUGUCAGCAGCUGCAGCUCUAAGGUACAGAUGAAUUUGGUAUCAAAAUUUCUCUUCACUGCCAAGUGUUGCUACAAGCAAAGAAAUUUUGCCACUGCAAUGCAAAUCCUCAGAGGUCUGGAAAAUCUCAUUGUCAGACAAUUGCCUAUUUGGAAAAGCUUGCCUUCUAAAGUUUCUGACAUACUGGAAGAACUGAAGGCUGUAGAGGUAUUUUUAAAAAGUGACAGCUUGUGCUUAAUGGAAGGGGAGAGAUUUAAAACAUCUCCAACAAUUCCAUCAGCUCAUAUUCUAACUAUGCACAUACAGCAACUUGAAACUGGAGGAUUUACGAUGCGAAAUGGCACAUAUAAGUGGACCAAACUUAGAAAUAUUGCGAAGGUUGUGAGCCAAGUUCAAGCAUUUCAAGAAAACCCCUACAUGUUCCCACCAGAUUGCCAAUUACAAGAUUUCUUAAGACAAAGAAUAGCUUUUCUUAAUGAUGCAGACAUCUUUGCAUUAGCAGCUGAUAAUUAUGCCAACUUUCAUCAGAAACCUGAAAAGCAAUCUCGAAAAAUACAAGAUGCCUUACACAGGAUGAAAGCGAUGUUUCAGUGACGUUUAUAUAUCUCUCAGGCCAUUUUUUAUUUAAAGAAACAUCUUCCCAGAUCAGUUACUAAAAAGCUGUCCAGGUAGUCCUCGACUUACUACCACAAUUGACCCUAGAAUUUCCAUUGUUAAGCAAGGCAGUUGUUAAGUGCCUCAUUUUAUGAUCUUUUUGCCAUGGUUGUUAAGCAAAUCACUGCAGUUGCUAAGUGAAUCGCGUGGUCAUUAAGCUAGUCUGGCUUCCCUCAUUGACUAUUUUCAUUUGAGUUUAUCCCUUGAAAUGGAUACAAAAAAUGUAUUAAAAAUCCCCAUUUAUAGAAAAUAUACAAUUCCAUCAAGAGAGUAAAAGAAUCGAAAUGGAACUAGGCUGGUCACAUAGCAAGAAGACCUGAUGGCAGCUGGACCAAUGCAGUCAAAGAAUGGAUCCCACUUGAUAAGAAGCGUCCAUGAAAGAGACCUAAAACAAGAUGGAGCAACGACAUCAGCAAGUAGUGCGGUCCCAACUGGCAAAGAAAAGCUCAGGACCCAGAAGACGCCUUCAUCCUGCAGUGGAUAGACAAUGGCUAGAAUGAGGAUGAAUCACCAUUUUGAAAACAAUGUUGAUUGAGAUUUGCACUUGGCUCAGUUUCUGUUUGGAACUGCCAAACCUUUGGAGGCAUGUGCAAGAUUCCUGCUGUUAGUUCCUUCAUUUAACAAUAAAUUAGCUUCAGAAGAACAUAUUAAAGGUAUAUAAAGAAAUUAAGACUAAAUCCUUUCCCACCUAUUUUGUCUUGAAGAUAGAGAUUACAGAUAAAGAUCAAAUCUGAGUAUGUCUUAUAAGAAGACCCUGUUUUUCACAAAUAUUUCACUAUCUUAAAAAAAAACUCAGCCCGAUUACCUUUGGAGAAACAGUGGCAUCCAUAGGGGUGGAUCUACAAAGUCAAGGGGGUGAUUAGAACCACAAAAUCAGCCUUGCUCCUUUUUAAUGUGUGAUGCAUUCAUGAUACACAAAAGAGAGCGGGCUUGGAUUGUGUGAUUAUGUCUGCCAGCUUGAGAGAGAGAGAGAGUCCCCAUAUAUCUCUUCUGUUGGGCUAUCUCAAGUUUUGCUAUUUGUUCAUUUUCUCCACUUUAGGUGCUUCAUUCAGCAAGUUCUUUCCCAAGAAUCUUGUUAUGAGGAACAAACCACAGAGGACAGACAAAUAAUAAAAAAAAAAUUCUGCUGCACAUUCUCUGUGGUUUCUGCAUAAAAAGUCUGGCAGAGAAACUGCCAAUGAAAUAGGAGCAGUGAACAUCUCUGGAGCCAACAGCUCUUACUAUGUGGCCAAAGGAGAAACUGGAGACAAAAGUUGACAACAUUAAAAAAAGGACAAGAACUGGAUGCAGCCCAUAGGCAACCAGUUACAAGCCACUAUCCCAAAAGUGCUUUUUCCUUUGGGAUAAUUAUGACCUGGGUGGCUGAAAAUCUCCAUAGACAUUUACAAGCCACUAGUUUAGCUCAAUAAUGACCUGAGAGGGCUUACGCUGAUUAUUUGAGUUCUUUACUUCAAUCUAGGAAUAGACAUUCAAAACACAAUUCAAAACAGAACCCCACAAUGGCCAUACAGCUAGGGCCCCUCAUCAGAAUGAAGUAGCAGUUAAAGUCCUCCAUCUGAUAACAUGCAGGAGAUCUGUUGAGAGCUCCUCUUGUUGUUUGGGAGAGGCGGAAAGUAUCAGAAGACAAAAAGAUGCAUCAACAAGAGGUAGUCCUACCACUCCCACUAAGUGCCUCCAAGGGAAUGUAUCCCUCUAAUGACAAAAUCGUUUUUGGUCUCAAUUACCUAAUGCUACCCAAGUACUCAUAUAGUGUCAGCUCCACAGGUAAUAAGAAAAUGUUUAGUUGCCCACUUACUCCUAACAUUCCUUCACAUACAUCUAUUAAGUUUUGGGGGUUGGCAUGGCCUUCUAAGAUUGAAUUCUCAAUAUGCAGAAAUGAUUAGACCUGAAUUUGGUUUCUUAAGUCAGAAUAGCUAAGCUGAAAGCAGAGCCCAAUUCCAAAUCAUAACCACCGAUUUGUGUUUUUUUUUUUAAAAAAAAAAUCAUGUUCAAUAUCUACUAUUCUUAUAUCAACUCUGCUAUUUCUAGCUUAUGGUUCUAAGGCAGCAUAUGAUUCCUUUUCAAAAAUAAUUUUCGUACAAAUUUGCAAACGAUGCAUUUCUAUGUGUGCUAUGUAUGUAUUUGAUUGGAGUGACUUUGUGUAUGCAUGUACUUAAGCUUUCAUUUUUUUUCCUAUCAUUUUCUAUUAAAACAGCACCUGUUAAACAA